UAAACCGCCAAAAUCUAAACCUAAAAAUUACUUUGAUCAAAAUGGACGAAAUUUUAUCAAGAACCGGGUUUGGUUUAUACACAACGCUACUCCUAAGUUUCGGUACAGUUUGCUAUUUGACAAACGCGUUGGCUUACAUGAAUUUGCCGCUCUAUUUGCCAAUGAUAAGCUGCGACGUUCACCUGUCCGAGUCGGCAAUCUCCGUUGCCGAUUUCAGUGUCUACAUAGGAAUGGCAGUGGGCGGAUUUUUUCUCUCCGCUGUGUCGGACGUUGUCGGCCGGAAGACCAUAAUAGCAUCGUCGCUACUUUUGAUAUUUUUCAGCGUACUGAUUGCUUCGUUCGCAUACGGCCCGUUUGGAUUUAUACUAUCAAUGUUACUCUUCGGCACUGGAUUAGAAGCAAAUAUGAAUGUUUUAAAAGUGUGGUUUACUGAAACCAUACCACUAAAGCAUCGAUGUGCUUGCAUUGUAUGUUUAGAUGUGUUUUGGAUUCUUGGAAUAGUCGCAGCUUUAGGAUUUUACUGGUUAACACUGCCAAUUCUUCUGCAGUUUUAUGAAGCAAAUCAACGCUAUCUAAACUGGAGAAUUAGUGUUGUGAUGUCAGUUUUCCUGACAAUUAUUCUCGCGUGUCUUGCAGCUCUGUUCCUUGAAAGUCCAAAAUAUCUCCUGUUUGAGCGGCGCCCCCGCGACGCUUUGGAAGUUAUCCGGGAAAUUUACGCCAUCAACAAGUCGAAACUUUUCACAACAUUUGAGGUUUAUAAUUAUCUAUUCUCAAUUGCGGAUGGCGAGCUACACGGGAAAAUAAUGGAUUUUGGCAUCAGCAGCAAUAGAGACAUACCGAACACGCUCACGUCGAAACGCAUACGAAUUAUUUUCACUCGCAUACACAAAUCGCUUCUCGUCCUCGUCCGCAAGCCAUUUAUACAUAGCACUAUCCUAGCUAUUAUUUUUCGGUUAAUUUUAUCAAUGGGACAUUUACCAAUGCUAUUGUUUUGGUCAAGAUCAUUAAACCUCGAAAACAGUGUUCUAGUCUCUGAUAAAUACCUUAUCUGGCAUUUUGAGCAUCCAGUAUAUCGUGAUUGCGAACACUUUGAAAAAGAACCAGACAUUGAACUAUACCGAGACUUUGCAAUAUUAUGCGGAUGUUCCAUAAUAGGAUCAUUUUUAUUGAUGGCAGUACUCAAGUGUAUGGACCGCAAAGGAAUAAUGAUCAUUUUAGCUUCCACACUAUUCCUCAGCGGAAUCUUCAGCAUCCUUCUGGGUUUAAUUCUGAAUAACUACGUGAUGCGUUUCGCUUUCUCCGGAAUGCUGGCUGUCACCUACAGCAUGGCGUGCUCCUGUCUAGACCUAAUCCUUCUCGAGAUGUUCCCCACCGCCGUCAGGAGUACAGCAAUGGGCGAAACGAUGAUUUUCGCGCGAUUGGCAAACGUCUUCGUCAUUAAGUAUCUGACUGCAUCAAUACAGUGGCUAUUCAUCAGUUUCGGCUGUUUGAUGGAAAUCGGUGCGAUUCUGGCGUUUUUCCUGCCAAAAUUCAGGAAUAAAGUGGUUGCGGAUUAGCGACGAUAAAUUCGCUCGCCAGUUAUUGGCGAGAUCAAAAGAAUGGAAACGACAUUAAUCUGAUGGUGUGUGGCGAAGAGAGAAAAAUAUGAAAUUACGAAAACAAGCACGCUAUCCUCACGUCCGAUUUCUUUAAUUCGUUCCUUUUCGUGUGAUAAUAAAUAAAGCAUUUUAUAUUC